UGUGCUUUUGUAGCGGGGAUUCUGUCGUAUAUUGUUUCAACCACAGAACUCUGUAGAAUUUCAAGACUGCUAAAUCGUCUUUGUUUGUCCCAUUAUCCCGUGUAAGGUGUUCAGAGAGCCUAAAAAAAGGGUUAAAGUCUAUCGAUCAACUGGGAUUUUUAUGGAAAUUAGGCCAAUGGUUUGGUAGAUAGUAUAUGUACAUACAAAUAUCAAGUUAUAAGGACUCUGACCAGCGUCUUGUUCUUUAGUAUCAGCUGGCAAAUACGGUGUAGAUUUCAAUUGUAAGGUCUAUUUUCCUCAGGACUGUACCUUGAAGAAAUUGUCGAUUUGCAAAAUAGUGGCAGUGGGCACACUGGCAGAGUAGCCAGAUCAAUCUAAGAAGAGCCAAGGAUAUCUUUGUCAAGAAAUUGGUUUUGUAUUGUCUGAUUCCUCUUGCUUUUGUUGGGUUUGCCAAUUCACGUUGUUUGAGGCAACACCCACUUGCAAUUUCUAUAUACAUAUUUGCAGAGCAAGGUAUCAACAGUCCUCAUAUGGAAUUGCAUUGUCAGAGCAUUGAUUAGGUCUCCGCAAGAGCAUAAGCAAGAUAGCAUCUAGGCUUACCAACAACUUCAACAGAAAGGAAAUGGAUUGGAUGGCUUCUCUGGACAUUGAUGAUGAAUAUGAGAAAUUGAUCAUCCGAAUGAAUCCUCCAAGGGUUUUAAUUGACAACAAGUCUUGUGAGAAUGCAACACUAGUGAAGGUCGAUAGUGCCAAUAAACAUGGCAUUCUUUUGGAAGUUGUACAAGUGCUAACUGAUUUGGAUCUAACUAUUUCUAAGGCAUACAUAUCAUCUGAUGGUGGAUGGUUUAUGGAUGUAUUCCAUGUAACAGACAAAGAUGGCAAUAAAAUUACUAAUGAGAAGGUUAUUGACUAUAUUCAACAGUCCCUUGGAACAAAUGCGUGUUUGCUACCUUCACUUAGAAGAACUGUUGGAGUAAAGGCUGCUUCUAAGCAUACAGCAAUUGAAUUAACAGGCACUGAUAGGCCGGGUUUGCUCUCUGAAGUAUUUGCCGUUCUUACAGAUCUUAAGUGCAAUGUUGUUGGGGCUGAGGUCUGGACCCAUAAUAUGAGGGUUGCAUCUGUGGUGUAUGUUACUGAUGAUAGUACAGGGGCUCCAGUUGACAAUCCUGAGAGACUUUCUAUGAUUAAAGUACAACUUUGCAAUGUUCUGAAGGGUGAUAAUGAUAAGCGAGUUGCCAAAACUGUUGUUUCUACGGGUGUUACUCAUACUGAAAGGCGUCUACAUCAAAUGAUGUUUGCUGAUCGUGACUAUGAAAGAGUGCAUAAUGGUCUGCUAGAGUCCAGGGAUGAUAAAUUCAGGCCUUUAGUGACUCUGCAGAACUGUGUGGAGAAAGGUUAUUCUGUUAUUAAUAUUAAGUCCAAAGACCGGUCAAAGCUUCUUUUUGACACGGUUUGCACUUUAACUGACAUGCAAUAUGUUGUAUUUCAUGGAACGGUUGAUUCUGAUGGACCUGACGCAUUCCAGGAGUACUACAUCAGACAUAUGGAUGGCUGCCCAGUGAACUCAGAAGCGGAAAGGCAAAGAAUAAUCCACUGUUUAGAGGCAGCUAUAGAAAGAAGAGUCUCUGAGGGAUUGAGACUUGAAUUAUGCAGUGGUGAUCGAACUGGUUUUCUCUCUGAUGUGACCCGCAUAUUUCGUGAGAAUGGUCUGUCAGUCACUAGAGCAGAAGUGAGCACCAGGGCUGACAAGGCAGUGGGUGUGUUCUAUGUUACAGAUGCAGCAGGAAACCCUGUGCAUGCCAAAACUAUUGAAGCAGUUCGUGGUGAAAUUGGGCAAACAAUACUCCAAGUAAAAGAAAGUUAUUCAAAAUCCCCUUCAGAGGAGACAGGUGGAAGGUUUUCGUUUGGUAACAUUCUCAAGUCUACCUCAGAACGUUUUCUUUACAAUCUGGGAUUAACAAAAUCCCUCCCCUAGGUGGAAACAGAGUCGAGAUCAGGUUGAUCCUUUGGACUGCACAAAUUUACCAACAUUCAAGUAAGUAAUCUAGUUUGCAUGUGGACAAAGGAUCUAUAGUCCUUGUUUUCAUUCUGACCUUGUGAGGAAAGGGUAUUAGAAAGUAUGGUUGAAUGCAGUCAUGCUCUGUAAUCAUAUGUAUAAUGCAGUUUAGAAAAUUGUACAUACACAAAAUGUUCCACCAUUCUUCACUGAAAUUAGUGUUGAUCGUUGUUUGCUCCAUUCUUGUAAUAAGUUUCGAGACCCAAUUUUCUUGAAUUUACAUUGGAGACCAUUACAUGAAA